AGUUAUAAACAUUUCUUGAAAUAGUACAUUCUAUUAUUUCAUUCAAUUUUUUUCAAAGAUUUUUCACUUUAAGGAGAUAUAUCAACCUUUUCCCCCUCUCCCAUCUCUAUUGUUAUAAGAGAUCUUCAAAAAGACUGAUUGUAAUUCAACAUCUCCUUGAUAGAUUGUUUUUUUUGUCUUUUUCUAGUUUUUCUAUUAUUCUUUUAUUACGAUAGAAUAAACUAUAAUAGAGAGAAGAUAAAAGAAAAAAAUGAUUAAACUAUUUCUCUAUUUCGUUUUCUUCUCUCUGCUCAAGACAAGUUUUGCUCCUCCACCUGGAAAAUUAGAUAAAUAUGGUAGAUAUUAUUUUAAUAUAUGAUAUGGAAAGAGCCCUUACUCUUCCUGUAAUUAUACUAGGACCAUGUAUUGGAAUGGAUUGCUUGCAUGGUGUUUUAAUGCAUAACGAUGAAAAAGAUGGUGAUAAUCACGCACUAGAGGAUAAAGUCAAAAGAGAAGAAGAUUCGGCAGCGGAUACUGGUCAAAAGGGACCCGGCAAAGGUGGAGACUCUGGUUUACAUGGUGUCCUAAUGCACGGGGAUGAAACGCCUGAUAAAGAGCAUAGCCAUAAUAAAUUUGGUCCAGUUGAAAAAUCAAGAAAAGAAGGUCCAGGUUUAAAUAAGGACGAACAGAUUGAUGGCAUAAUCAAUAAUCAAGAAACCGAAGAAGAUAACUCAAAUCAUAAAAAAGGACAUCACGCUGAACCGUGUUUCGAUCAAGAUUGCGACACUUUUAAGGAUAAAAAUGAAGAUAAUGAUUCGGAAAGCGGUAAUAAAGUUAGAAAGGUACAAAAUGCAAAGAAGCAUGUAUCAAAAACUUUCGAUCCAGAUUCAUUACUCCAUGGAUCGGGUCAUGAUCACCAUUCUGAUGAGCAUAAUACAAAAAUGAAAAAGAACACUGCCGUUAAAUUUAUAUCUUCAGUUCAAGAUCCUCAUCAUAUAAUUCAUAAUGAAGAAGUAGGCAAAGUUCCUGAAAUUGAUAAAAAAGAUUACGAAGAGUGGAAAACUAAGGAAAAGGCUAAAGAGAAGGAGGAAGAAAAGGGAAUACUUCAAAGAUUUAGUCUUGGUUUCAUUAGUGAUUCCUUCCUGUCCGAUAUAGAGGCUUUAAAGAGAAGAUAUUUACCUAAAUAUUGGACUCAAGACACAGUAACAAAAGACAAAAGAGAAAACAAAGAGACAGGAAAGACGAAUGACAAAGUAGACCACAUGCAAGAGGAUAUGAUGUUAGUCGGUGGAACUCAUCAAUUAAAAAAACAAUCAACACACGAAAUACCAAAAAAAGUUCAUGAUGAAGAAUGA